AUGGCGAACUUUAAGAUCGAAACGCUGCCCGAUCCGGGUAACCGGUAUAAGCUGGGCGAGUUGAUCGGAAGUGGCGUGUGUGCGAAGGUAUACCGGGCCACCGAUACCCAGGCGGGCAACAAGAACGUGGCUAUCAAGGUGCAGAAGUUUGAGGGCGAGACGAAAACGGCCAUCCAGGAGGAGUUUCGCAUUUUGCGCGACCACUCGAAGCACGCGAAUCUGAUCGACUUCUAUGGCGUCUAUCGGAAAAAAUGUGCGGCCGGGGAGAGUGACGAGAUUUGGUUCGUGCUGGAGUACUGCGAGCUGGGUCCGGCUGUUGAUGUGGUGAGGAAAAUGUUUGUCAGCAACCGGCGCGCUAGUGAGAUGCAGCUGGCGUAUAUCCUGCGGGAGACUUCCAGGGCGCUGAUGUACCUACAUGAGCACCACAUCGUCCAUCGAGAUGUCCGGGGCAGUAAUAUUCUGCUGACGAAGGAAGGCGAGGUAAAACUGUGUGACUACGGUCUGGCUCGCGAUACGAAGUCAACGCUGGGUAAACGUGGGACAUGCAUUGGGUCACCGUGCUGGAUGGCACCGGAAGUGGUCACAAGUUCCAAGAGUGACAAGGACGUCUACGAUAAUCGUUCGGAUGUAUGGGCGUUGGGAAUUACGGCGGUCGAACUUGGCGACGGAAAAGCUCCAUUCGCGGACAUGCACGCCACUCGGGCCAUGUUUCAAAUCGUUCGCAAUCCUCCACCAACGCUCUACCGACAAUCGAACUGGUCCCAGGAGUACAACGACUUUAUUGCCGAAUGUCUGGAGAAAAAUCCCGAUCACCGUCCCUUCAUAAUGGAGAUCAUCGAGCAUCCGUUUCUGACGCAAGUGCCUGAUAACGAUUACCACCUAAGUCAAGAGCUGAAGAUGCUUGCCGAGUCGGUGCAAAAUGUCCAACUGCCCAGGAAGGAAGAGGUGGCCCUCGUUCGAGGUAUGCUAAAGUCGGAGGAAAAUCGUACGGAGAAGCUGCACGUCGAGGACUUGGCAGCAUUGGAGCAUCUUACGGAGGAGGCCAUCCUGGAGGAGAUUACGCAACGUUAUAAGAAUAAGAAUAACUACACGUUCGUGGGUGACGUGUUAAUUUCGCUGAAUCCCAACGAAACCAUUCCGGAGUACGUCCGAGGAUUCCACUCGAAGUACAUGUUCAAAUCACGGUCGGACAAUGCACCACACAUUUUUGCCAUCGCUGACAGCGCGUACCAGGACAUGCUGCACCACGAGGAACCGCAGCAUAUCAUCCUGGCUGGCGAGAGCUAUUCCGGCAAAACGACGAACCAGAAGCUGCUGAUGAAGCACCUUGGUGUGCUGGGGGAGGGUAACCCGGGAGUGUACGAGCGAAUCGUGAACGGUUAUAAGGCUCUGAGCGCUCUGACGAACGCGGGCACUCCACUGAAUCCUAAUUCCACCCGUAGCAUCUUUCAAACGCAGCUUACGUACGGUCCGAGUGGAAAACUUUCCGGCGCCAUCUUUUGGGUAUACCUGUUAGAAAAGCUGCGUAUUUCGUCGACCAACAUGAAUCAAUCAAAUUUCCACAUCUUCUACUACUUUUACGAUACGAUGGACGCCGAGGAGCGGCUGAAGGAUUUCUCCCUUGAGGCGGGUCGCAACUAUCGGUACUUGCGUAUUUCGGAAGCGAUGAGUUCGGACAAGCUGCGCUACUGCCGGGACGACAUACCCGGCAAUGUGCAAGCGUUCAAGGAGUUUGAACAGCAACUGCUUGCUCUCGAGCUGUCCCAGGACAUCCUCGACACCAUCUACCGUACGUUGGCCGCGAUUCUGAUCCUUGGCGAGGUGCGCUUCAAGGAAACGGAUGGCACGACGGAGCUGGAAGAUUUCGAGGUGAUCGGUAAGAUGGCGUCCCUGCUGCAGCUCGACGAGAAAAAGUUCCAGUGGGCACUCCUGAACUAUUGCGUGAUCGUGCGAGGAUCAGCCGAGCGUCGGCGACAUUCUGCGGACGAGGCACGGGAUGCGCGGGAUGUACUGGCCGCAACCAUCUACACCCGUUUGGUGGACUGGAUUACGAAUACGAUCAACCAGAAAUUGGCCUUUGGAAGAGCAAUCUAUGGAGAUAAACAUUCGGUCACUAUAACGGACCACUUUGGAUUCGAGUGCUUCCACCGAAAUCAUAUUGAUCAGCUGGUGGUGAAUUCGUUGAACGAGCAGAUGCAGUACUUGUACAACCAGCGAAUGUUCGUGUUUGAGAUGAUUGAAAUGGAAGAAGAGCAAGUUCCGGUAACUUCCCUUCACUACUACGACAACAAGCUGGCCGUGGACCACAUCCUAACGAAGCCGAAGGGAGUGUUUAGCUUCAUCGAUGACGCAAGCCGUGGACGACACGGGCCAAACUACAUCAUUGACUCGGUGCACACGAGCAAGAGUCCAUUUAUCAAGCGGGCGAGUGGUCACGAGUUCACCGUGGCGCACUACACCGGACGCAUCACGUACGACGCACGCGGAAUGGCGGACAAGAAUCGGGACUUCAUCCCGCCGGAGAUGGUCGAGACGCUCCGUGCUUCCGGCGAGCCGAUCAUCAAGAUCAUGUUCUCCAACCAGCUGUCACGAACGGGCAAUCUGACGAUGGCGGCCGAAGAAGCGCUCGGUGUACCGUCGGACAAACCGAACAAGAAGAAACGCUGGGGUGCCGCCCUGGUUGCGGAGAAGAACAAGGCCAAGAAGAUGAACACACUGUCCAAGGGUAUGUACUCGCAGGUGCACAAGAUGCGCACGAUCGCGGGCGUGUUCCGAUCGACCAGUCUCGAGCUAUUCAAGACACUCUCGAUCGGUCCGAACAGUGGAGGAACGCACUUCGUCAGGUGCAUCCGUUCGGAUCUCGAGUACAAGGCACGUGGUUUCGCACCGGAAAUGGUACGCCAGCAGUUACGUGCGAUGGCCGUCCUCGAUACGGCUCGGGCACGCCAGAAAGGCUACUCGCACCGGAUCCCAUUCCAGGAGUUCCUCCGACGGUACCAGUUCCUGGCGUUCGAUUUUGACGAGAACGUUGAGAUGACGCGGGACAACUGUCGCUUGCUGCUGAUUCGCCUCAAGCUGGAGGGUUGGGUCAUUGGGAAGACCAAGGUAUUCCUGAAGUACUACAACGUGGAGUACCUGCAGCGGCUGUACGAGACACAGGUGAAGAAGAUCGUCAAAAUUCAGGCCAUGAUGCGUGCCUUCCUAGCGAAGCGUUCCGUUGCCACCAAAAUUAAACAGAUUCAUCGGGAAUCGGUACGGAAACGAGAGAACACCGCGAGACAGGAAAGCCAGGACGAAGCGGCCACUAAAAUUCAAACCGCCUUUCGGGGUCAUAUGGCGAGGAAGAAGUAUCGCCCACUGAUCAACGAAAGGACGGGGAAGCUGGAUGCCGAAACGGCUGAGUUUAUGAAGCCUUUCGUGUACCGGUGGAGGAAGAAAUCGAUGUUUCAGAUACUCUUGCAGUACCGUGCCGCACGCUACCAGGAUCUGGUGAACCUAAGCCAGCAGGUCCAUAUCUACAACCAACGGUUGGUUGCAGGGUUCUCAACGAACAGCAACUGUAUCAUGCUGGAAAAGAUCGACCCGAACGAACGCAGUGCGGCUCUGUUGGGCUCUCAGAAACCGCCCGUUUGGAAGUUGCGUUUCCGCUUCGACGACAUCCCGUUCUUCGACACGACGUACAUGUGCGAUCCGUCAUCGGCGUCCUACAUCUACACCGGGAAUGACUCCGACACCGAGGACUGGGAUGCACCGCUGCGACGACGUAACAAUCUUUCGUCCGAAAUCACUCAAUCCAACCGGAAGGGUGGGCGAGCGGACGCCCAAGGCGAGAUGGAAUAUAACUUCGCCAAUGAACCGUUCCACCGAGACCCGAGCCUUCCGAUCAAGAGACUUUCUCCCCACCGGAUGGUUGAACCGUACAGUGUCAAUAGACCUCGGUCGCCAAUGCACUCGCCGGUAAAGUUGUCCCCCGUCUACUCGCCGAUGCCAUACGCACGCCAAAGUGUCGACGACAUCCGCAACAAGUUUGGUGGGUCCAGCUUCGAUGAGCCGGGAAGUGGAGCGAGUAAGACGGCCGUUUACAAGAAGCGUCAGGCACCGCGAGUGCCACCGGUCGAGCCGGAACCACCGGUGGUCGCGGAAUUUGGAAAACCUCUCAAAAAGCGGCCCGCCCCGCAACCACAGGCGCGACCGAUCACGCCGACCAAAAUCAAUCCGAUCAAGGAGAUGGAGCUGAUUGGCAAGAAGAACUUCGAUGAGAAUGACAACUCGGACGACGAACCUCCGUUCAACUUCCAGGGAAUGCUGAGGAAGACCAACUACAACCGUGCUUCCAUGAAGCGUACCACCGAGGGGUUGUCGAUGGCCGGGUCGAACAUCGAUUUCGAUGAUGCCAGCAAUAACAACAACAACAACAACAGUAUCAGCUACUAUCCUACUGCCAACGCUGAGGCAAGCCGGAAGGGAACGACAUCCACCGCCAACAACGUCGUGUACGAGAGCAAGCGAAUCGAGCGUCCAAAGUCCUGCCAGGGACCGGAAAACGGUACCACCAGCAGCAACGGCGGCUCGCCCAACCCUCGGAAGUUAUCCCUGUCGCAGGAUACGAUCAUGCUGAACGACUCGCAGAAGCCGGGACCAUCGCGGAGCCGCUCGACCACGCCGCAGGACGAAAAUAGGAACAUUCUGGCGACGACCGGGUUCAUCAGCGAGGAAAUCGUUCCGGGCAUCAUCAUUGAGGGCUAUGUCGAAGAGUUCUAGAAUGGAUCGCGAGAGGGAAAAGUGGGUUGGCUCUGUUGGUUCCGUUGCGCAUAUGUUUAUUGCACGAAGGUUUAUAUUUAUUCACUUCGCUAUCGUUAGAUUUGCUGUGUUUUGCUUUGUUGCCAAUAAAACUAAUCACUAAUAUGAGAAAGGAAAA